AUGCAACACCUCAAUGAAACAAUAGCAAUAUCCUCGAGAUUAUCUGGAAUACAUUUUGGAGAAAAUAUUCUAAUAAAUCAGGAAUUGUUCGGAUCCAUCCAUUGGAAAACGGAGAAUACAAUUGAACAGGAAGAAUAUUUUGAUAAAAUGCCGUGUCCGAAAAAUGAUAUCAGAGUGCAUAAUUGGCAAAGUAUGCCGUAUCGCAAAAAAUAUUCGAGGGUCAUUAAUUCAAAUAUUGGAAAAAUUAUCUUUGAAGGCAAACCGGGCAUCACAUUUUCACCGGAAAAUCCGAGAAAUCAAGGAGAUAGUGGCUAUGAUUUUAAUGUGGAAACUAUGCAUGCCAUAUUUUUUGCAAGAGGACCUGGAAUUAAAAAAGACACUCGAAUUCAGCCAUUUCAAAAUGUGGAAUUGAUGAAUUUAUUUAUCGAUUUGCUCGAGAUUCCGAAGGAGGAGAAAUUGAAAAAUGAUGGGAAUUUGGGAUUUUUUGAUAGGAUUCUGGUGGAACCGAGGAAGGAACUGGUCGAAUUAAAGGAACAUAUUAGGUGAGUGAUUUUUGAGCUUGAAAUGCAUCACCCAGAAUUAAUAUUCGAUUUUUUCCAGAGAAUGUGAAAUGCUCUCCGACACUCAAAAACCAAAAUCUUGUGGAAAACCAAAAACCCGACCAACUCUGAAAUGUAGCAAAACUGGUCAAAGACUUCCAUUUGUCCCUUUCAAUUCUGAAAAUUCCAACAAUUUUUGCUAUGAAAGUUAUUGUCAAGAUAAUAUUGUGAAACACGCCGAAUUUUUCGAAAGUUUUGACUGUUUUUGAGGGUAUGACGUCACAGAAAUCUGGAUUUAACAAUGGAGCGGAUUUGCGAUUCUAUGAUGAGAAUUAUGCCGGAAAUAAGAAAGAAAAAUGUAAAUUUUUGAAGAAUUCGAAGAGUAUUAGUGUGAGAAAGACUUUGGCUGAUACGUAUUUUGAGCUUUCCGAUGGUUUUGUUGAAAGUGAGUUUUUAGGAGAAGCCUUUCCAAAUUUUUAACUUUUUUUCUUCUAGAAAUUCUCAUUCCACUCGAUAAAUUGACUGAAAAAUAUUUGAAAUCCUACAAAAAUCUAUUUAUAAUAAGUGGAACAACAAUUGAUUCAAAUUAUGAUGGAAAAAUGGAUGAUCCAAGUGGAAUUGCAGAUAAAGAUGAAGAUCCAACACAUUUUUAUCGAAUAAUUUUAUCAUGUUCAAAAAAUGGUUGGAAAUCAAUAAAUCCGCCCAGAUGUAAAAAUCCUGAAGAAAUGAAAAGUUUGAGUUUUAUAUUUCCAAUAAUUCUACCAAAAUCAUGGAGUUGUAUGGAUUCAAAUGACAUUUUUAUUGAUUAUUUGGCACAAAUUUUGGAUAUUGAGAAAAUGAGUGGAAUGAAAUUGCAAAUUGAAGGAGCUACGAAUCAACAGAAUUUGAUGAUUAGACAUCGAAUUAAUUUGAAAUUGUGGAAUGGGAAGAGAAAAUUGAAACAUGCGAGAAAAAAUGGAGCGGGAAUUUUGGAUUUUUGGAUGAUUUUCGUGGUGAUUGCUGGAUUUUUGAGUGAUUCGAGUUUUUGA